CCGCCCUACGUAGAUCGUAAACAAAACAACGCGAUACCAGUAAUGGACCUUGCCCACGGUCACGGCUACAUGACCGCAUUGUGUUAUUUAAAUGUUUAAAAGUGUUGAGGACCACGCGCCGAGGUAAACGGCCCGACGAACGCCCACAGACAGUCCACAGUAGUAAAUAGUGUCGUAACUUCCCAGACUCCCAAUCAGAAUCAUUUCUAUAAUAAAACAUGGUGAGGCGAGCUUUGGAUGUCUUUCAAAAAUAUGACUCUGAAUAUGUUUGGAUGGUUCCGCGGUAAAAUAUGGAGGGCGUGUACCAUGACGACCUACUGCAGUGGGGCGGCUUUAACUACCAUAAUAUCACCUAUAACACAACCGAGUGGGUCCCGUGGAAUGUUUCCGAGACAAAUAGAACCUGGUGGGGGACAUCUGAAAUGUUGGACUCCCCGGCAGCAUUGCUCCGGGCAGCCGUAAUGGCAGUCCUGCUAGGUCUACUUAUACUUGCUACCGUAGUUGGUAAUGUAUUCGUAAUAGCUGCAAUAUUGCUAGAGAGGCAUUUGCGGAGUGCUGCGAAUCAGCUCAUACUGUCUCUGGCUGUCGCUGACUUGCUGGUGGCUUGUCUAGUGAUGCCCUUGGGGGCUGUUUACGAGGUCGCUCAGCGCUGGACGCUGGGACCAGAACUUUGUGAUAUGUGGACCUCAGGAGAUGUUCUGUGCUGUACUGCAUCCAUAUUGCAUCUCGUUGCAAUUGCACUGGACAGGUACUGGGCUGUGACUAAUAUCGACUACAUUCAUGCAAGAACGGUGCGACGAAUCGGUUAUAUGAUUGCGUGUGUCUGGAUUGCCAGCUUCUUGGUAUGCAUCGCGCCUCUUCUAGGGUGGAAAGAUCCCGACUGGAAUAGACGCGUAUCUGAGGAUUUGCGGUGUGUUGUAAGUCAAGAUGUCGGCUACCAAAUAUUUGCAACAAUGUCCUCAUUCUACGUACCAGUGCUCGUAAUAUUAAUUUUGUACUGGCGGAUAUAUCAAACUGCCAGGAAAAGAAUACGACGGCGUCAUGGAGCGACCGCAAGAGGGGGGGUCGGUCCCCCGCCUGUCCCCGCUGGCGGGGCGUUGGUCGCAGCAGGAGGAAGCGGUGGUAUCGCUGCAGCUGUAGUAGCGGUCAUAGGUCGGCCUUUACCUACUAUAUCAGAAACGACUACUACGGGAAUGACCACUGUAUCAUCUAAUAACACAAGUCCGGAGAAACAAUCAUGUGCAAACGGGCUCGAACCAGACCCCCCGACUACGGGGUACAGCGCGGUUGCUGCAGCCUACUAUCCAUCGCUCGUAAGGCGUAAGCCCAAAGAAGCCGCGGAUUCCAAGAGAGAGCGGAAAGCGGCAAAGACAUUAGCAAUAAUCACCGGUGCGUUCGUUGCGUGCUGGCUUCCAUUUUUCGUGUUAGCAAUAUUAGUACCAACGUGUGACUGCGAGGUGAGUCCGGUACUAACUUCUCUGUCGUUGUGGUUAGGUUACUUCAAUUCUACUCUGAACCCAGUGAUAUACACGGUGUUCAGUCCAGAGUUUAGGCACGCAUUUCAGCGGUUACUCUGCGGCCGCAAAUUGCGGCGGCGUCGGGCUCCGCCCUAGCUGUUUUAUGUAGGCAAUAGGCGUUAUCUGUCCCUAGAGCCUUCGCCCCAACCCGACUGACCUCGUUUAACACGAUACAUUGCGUUAUCUUGUUACAUUUUCAGAGAUAUAUUUACACCCCCUUUAUUUUUUGUACGUAAUAAUAUAAAGUACUUAAUACGAGUAGAAAUAAUGUAAUGUUAAGUCCCUUAUUAUUGACGAUUGAAGUCCUCUUUGUAACAUAAUUUAAAUUAUAGUAC